AUGAACCAGACGUUGUUGGAGAGAGCACGGUGCAUGCUCUCUAAUGCCGGACUAGAGAGAAGAUUCUGGGCAGAAGCAGUGAACAUGGCGUGCUUCCUGAUCAACCGUGGACCUCACAUAGGUAUCGAGUUGAAGACUCCUUAUGAGGUGUGGUAUGGUAAGCCUGCUGAUUACUCCUCACUGAAAGUUUUUGGGUGUCCUGUUUAUUAUCAUGUGGAUGAGGGUAAACUGAACCCAAGGGCAAAGAAGGGUGUAUUUGUGGGUUACAGAGAUGGAGUUAAGGAAUUUCGAGUAUGGUCACCUUCUGAGCAUCGAGUUAUACUCAGUAGAAAUGUGAUAAUUGAUGAGAAGUCUAUGUUUAACCCCAUGUUGAAGGUUACUGUUGUUGAAGGUAACAGGAAUGUUGAUAAGCAGUUGGAGCUGCAAACUCUCAAUGAGAGUGAGUUUGAGCACCAAGGUGGAGAAGAUCAACAUGAGGAUGUUUCUACUGAGCCAGAAACUUCAAAUUCCAGUGCAGGAGCUCAACAGUCUAUAGCUUCCGGUAGACCAAAGAGAGCGACCGUAGGAGUACCUCCUGAGAGGUAUGGUUUCGAGGACAUGGUGGCGUAUUCAUUUCAGGAUGCUGAAGAAGUGGAUGCAGGUGAGCCACAGUCCUAUAGAGAAGCCGUUUCGGGUGGUGAAGCUGAUCAGUGGCUUGCCGCAAUGGGAGAUGAGAUGGAAUCCCAUGACAGGAAUCAGACUUGGGAGCUAAUCAAACGACCACAGGGAAGGAAGAUUGUUACAAACAAGUGGAUAUAA